CACCAAAUGCAGUUCUCUGACCUUGGACCAAAGCUAUGGGCAGUAACCCCUGCACCAGGUAGCAUCCUGUACCACCUUUGAGUAUCAACAGGAAGUUACUGGGUAGCAAACAUUCAAGAUCAUAACUUAUUGCUUCAGUAACUUGGAAAGAGAAGAAAACCAGAAUUGAAACCAUGACGAAGAUAACUAGAGCCAGCUCGACAUCCCCUCCAGAUGGAGGCUGGGGCUGGAUGAUUGUGGCCGGCUGCUUUCUUGUCACCAUCUGCACCCGGGCAGUCACCAGAUGUAUCUCCAUAUUUUUUGUGGAGUUUCAGACAUACUUUGCUCAGGAUUAUUCCCAAACAGCAUGGAUCCAUUCCAUUGUAGACUGUAUGACAAUGCUUUGUGCUCCGCUCGGAAGUGUUGUCAGUAACCAGUUAUCCUGUCAAGCGGGGAUCAUGCUGGGUGGCUUGCUGGCAUCUACUGGCUUCAUCCUGGGUUCAUUUGCCACCAGCUUGAAGCACCUCUACCUCAGUCUGGGAGUUCUUACAGGUCUUGGAUUUGCUCUUUGUUACUCUCCGGCAAUUGCCAUGGUGGGCAGGUAUUUCAGCAGACGGAAAGCCCUCGCUUAUGGCAUUGCCAUGUCGGGCAGUGGCAUUGGUACCUUCAUCCUGGCUCCGGUUGUUCAGCUCCUCAUUGAACAGUUUUCGUGGCGAGGAGCUCUGCUCAUUCUUGGCGGGUUCGUUCUGAAUCUCUGCGUCUGCGGCGCUCUAAUGCGUCCCAUUACCCUUAAAGAGGACCGGUCAGUCCCAGAGAAGAAUCACGACCGUGAAUGUCAGAGAGAAGACUGUAAGCAGGCGUCUCCCUAUUCACCUUUGACCAAAGAAUGGACAGAGACCCGUCUUUGCUGCUCUUUGCAGCAGGAAUAUGGUUUCUUACUGAUGUCAGACUUCGUUGUGUUGGCUGUGUCUGUUCUGUUCAUGGCCUAUGGCUGCAGCCCUCUCUUUGUGUACCUGGUGCCUUAUGCUUUGAGUGUCGGAGUGAGCCACCAUCAAGCUGCUUUCCUCAUGUCCAUCCUCGGGGUGAUUGAUAUUGUCGGCAACAUCACAUUUGGCUGGCUAACUGACAGAAGGUGUCUGAAGAAUUACCGAUAUGUUUGCUACCUCAUUGCUGUGGCACUAGAUGGGCUGUGCUAUCUGUGUCUCCCAAUGCUUCAAAGCUUCCCCCUUCUCGUGCCUUUCUCUUGUACCUUCGGCUACUUUGAUGGAGCCUAUGUUACCUUGAUCCCAGUAGUGACUGCAGAGAUAGUAGGGACUACUUCUUUGUCGUCAGCCCUUGGCGUGGUCUACUUCCUUCAUGCAGUGCCAUACUUGGUGAGCCCACCCAUUGCAGGAUGGCUGGUGGACACGACAGGCAGCUACACUGCUGCCUUCCUUCUCUGUGGAUUUGCCAUGAUAUUUAGUUCCAUCCUGCUUGGCUUCGCUAGAAUUGUAAAGAGAAUGAAGAGAACACAGGUGCCUUUCCUGGUCAAAGACUCAGACCCCAAGCUGCAUCUGUGGACCAAUGGAUUAGUGGCUUACUCUGUAGCAAGGGAGUUAGAUCAGAAAGAUGGAGAAUCCCUGGAUAAAGCCAGGUCUGGUUGCAACCUCACAUGACCUGUGUGGCCUCCCUGGGAAUCUUCAAGGCUGAUGGACCCCAAGUCACCAGGUUGUUCACAGUCUGGAAAUAUUUCAUUUAGACAGAGUAUCACCUCCUAAGUAAAUUAUUAAUACUGUUCUGCUAACAUAUUUAUAUGAGGAAAAUAAUGAGCAACAAAGAGAUCUGGAAUAGCCUGGAGUUUUCUCAUUCAGGAUUUGUACUCACUACAAACUUAGCUCCAGGGGAAGGUCAGGACAUAGUUGAUGGGGUAUUUCAGGGCAACUACGAGGCAGAGGCCAUUGAGAACAGUUUUGUCAUCACAAAAUCGGCCCCUCCCCCUCAUUCUGAACAGAAGCAGUGGGUGUACUGGCAGUGGAGAUGCAGUGGUGGCUUGAGGGUAGAGUGCCUCAAUUUUUAGAGUCGCAAAGAAGUUCUUGAGUGUCUUUGAAAGGCAAUGAUUAAUGUACAACAGAUGCUCUCUUAUCAGUUUCCCUGCCUCUUCCAGUGGGUAGACAUGACCUUGAGAGACCCAACUACCAUCAAACACCAUGGCUGGGAGAGACUUUAGAGAGUGGCUGAUGGUAAUAUUUUAUUUGAAAUUGUCUUGUUGAAACAGGAAGCUCUUUUUCUUCGGGCUGUGCCCCCAACACACACGUUUGUCACUACCACAUACUGACUCUAAAUGUAACAUAAACCGUUCAAUGGUGGAAUAACUGCUCCAUCUUUUCUGAAGUGAGUGUAACACCCCAGGAAUCUGAAGAAAAAAAAAAAGAUCUAAUUUGAACUUCAGACACAUUCCUUUUAGAAAUAGAAAAAAUGUUGACAGUAUUCCAAUUGAGCAGUAAUUGAAUUCUUGAAUCAGCAGGUAUCUAGUGGGAGUCUUCUUUGCAAAGCAGUCAUUGAGUUCAUCAUUAUCCGAAAAAGGGCUUGGGGGUUUUCUUAUCAUACAAGAUGGCCUUUGGAGCCCACCGUGUCCCUUGUUGGAUCAUAGUCAUAAAUCUGACUCAUUGGCUUGGAAGCGUCUGCUCCUUCUUGAAAAACAGACUUUCCUGGGACUUGGAAUCCUUUCUGAAUUUUUAGAUCAGAGGAGAGGACAAGGAUAAAAAAGAAGAAGGUUGGGUCCCCAUCUUAUCUCCAGCUGUUUUCAAAUCCACACAAUGACAAUUCCUGAAUCCCAAUCAUGUCCCAUCUGCAAAGAAGGACAAGUUACAUAAUUAAAUGGGGGAUUAUUUUAAUUGUUCAAGAAGAAUUUAAAUACAAGUCACAAGGAAACAUUUUGAUCUCAGAGGCCAUGUAACCUACUGUCCCCAAGAGGCCUCAGAGUGGCUUUUGCCAGACAUGGUGCUGGGAGAAAUAACAAAGCAUUGAGGAAUGGCUGAGGUGGCUGAGUCCUCCCUUGAACUGGGUAUGUUUAUAUUGCUAUAUUGCUUUCAUAAUGAGAUACUGAUUUGCUUUGAUGGAUACUAGUCCAUUGUAGCUUUUCACAGAGAAAUUUGAAUGUUCUGUUUUUACUCAGCCUGGGACUUUAGUUUUGAAUCCAUUCACUUUGUUAUUUGCAAUUUUAAAAAUACUUUGGGUCUAUCUGUAAAAAUUCAAAGUUAAAAUGAAAUACUUGUUUUGGAAUAGCACUUUACCUUAAAUGUCAUUUUUUAAAAUCAUAAAUGUUUUUUUAUUUGUAUGUUUUAAAAGCAUUGAUUAUAGUAAAUUUUGUUUGUGUGAUUCUGUAAUAUAAAUUCUCUAUUGUGUUUAUGAAAAAUUAUAGUGAUCAAAAGUUUUAAAUUUUAUAUAAAAACAUUUUGGAUCUUUUGACUUUAUGCAAUACAUUUGACAUGCAAUACAUUUGCAUUCUAACUUUCUCGAGACAACAUUUUUGAUGAACCAGUAGGAAAAACUGUAGAUUUUAGAGUUUACAGUUUGGGCAUCUGCACAACAUGUUACUAAAACAACAUCUCUGUGUAUUUAAACAGUUGGUUCCAAAGCUAAGGAAGUCAUGGGAUUGGGGUAUUUUGUGGAAUCGAGAAUAAACCUGUAGAGGAAUGAUUCUAUGCCUUAAAUAUUUGUUUACCCAACUGUAAGUUCUCCUUUGUAACUGAUUAAAAGUAGGAAAACAAGACAACAUCUAACGUUUCAAUGUGCCAUUUUUUUCUUUUGCUUAAAUUAGAAGUUUAUGAAUGGAUCAGAUGUGUAGGAUAAUGUUUUCUUAGUUCAAAGGCAAAAUAAAACUGAUUUAUAGUUACA